AACAUUCUGGAAAUGAAAGUAGACAAUCUAGAGGAACUCCGAAUGUCACAGGUUUGACUGAAAAACAAAUCUAAGCAUAACACGCGUAUUUGAAGUUAUUGAGUGAACUGAUGGCGCAAGUUCGUGUAACAAUUGAGUUACUUACAAACAUCUUGAAUGAGAGUGGCUGCUCUAAACUAAAAGCGGAAAUAUUUCGCUUGUCAAAGUUUGACAAAGAUGAAGCGACAUUGCCUCUGUGGAAAUUGCUGUUUGAAUUGCUCUAUUAUUGUAAAUAUGGUACUAUUGAUGAAGUGACUGUAAGAGCAUAUUCAGAAUUGACUACAGAGGAACUGGUUGUUUAUGUUAAACAAGAGUUGCAAAACCUAGGAUUUCUGUCAAAAGAAUUUUGUCAUUUACCUAAUGAUACAAGUUCUGGAAGUCGAGAAUUGUUACUGGCCUUUGCAUGGCUGCUGUGUAAACAGAAUCUGAUUGACAAGUUCAUGGACAACUGCUCCUCUCCAGUAGAAGAUUCCUCUCUAUUGCAUGAGCUUGACGAUAAAAAGGCAUCAAAAGAGGCAAGAAGCCUAAUACCUGCAGCAUGUCGGACACCAGUGCAGAAAGUUCAACAGCUACAGCUUCUUAAUGGAAAGCUGAGAAGCAGUUUAAGGAGGUUGUAUGCUUUACAAAGAGAAAAGGCAAAGCUCCAGCACAGGGUACAUGAAUGCACUCAAGGUACCUCCCUUACACCAGACAUGCCUCAUCUGUCGUCAUUAGAAGCCCACCUGCUAAGGCACCCUGAGCUGAUGAAUAAAAUCAUGAUCCUGCUAGAGAAAGACAAUGUUCGGCUGAAACACAUGCAAGAAUGGGGAGAGCAGGAACAGGUCUUCUGGAAGUGGAUGGAGAGUGUACUGGAACUGAAGGUGAAGGAAACCCCCAGGCACAAGGAUGCCCCAAUGUUGUACUAUAACAUAGCUCCAGAGCCAGUGCCACGUAUGGAUGAGGCCAGGAGAAAGUUAGAGGAGGCAAUUCUCAGAUAUGAAACCAUUAUAGUGCAGAUAGAGGAACUGUGGGAAACCAGGAGAAGUGAAGUGUCAGAGGAAGAACUAGAUGGAUUACUAGAUCUACUAAACAUGGAGAUAUCACUACAGAAGUCCAGUUUAGCUCUUGGCAGCUCAGACUUCUUCAUGAUCAGAGACCCAACAUUUGUUUUGAAUAAGAAAGACAAGAAGAAGCCAAACUUACCCAAAGCUAUGGACAGUUUACAAGCAGCUUCUGGUCAGGGUGAAGGCCUCAGUGUGCCGGUGGAAAUCUCUUCAGAGAUUGCAGCUUUAGAAUCUCAACUGAGAUUGCUUGAAACAGAGGUUUCUAGGAAGACACAGCACUACACAGCUGAUCUCGAGAAGUUUUCAGUUAAAGUACCAGGGUCACUGUUGGUCCAGCCCUCAUCAUGUGUUUGAUUAAAAAAACUGGGUUCCUAUGUCCUCAUGUAUAUACUGCCAUAUACAAGUGAAAACCUUUAACAAUUUUAGCUUUAAAUCGUAUUCAAGUAAAAGUUCUCAUAUGUGUGAGGCAGAUUUUAUUAUUAGAUGCUCUAUGAAGGUGCAUACAUUUGAAAAAAAAUCUUUUCCCUAUUGAUUUGUUGUUUGUCACCAAAGAUUCUAUUUUUUAUUGAACCUUAUAAAGGAAUACUUUCAUAUUUUUUUUUUUUCAUUUGCAAUCAAACCUGUUUUAAGUGAUCUCCCAAUAAGUGACUUCCUGCUUUAUAACAUUUUUAAAAAAAAACUACUCCACACAAAACUUGUUCUCCCACAAUCAGCAUCUCAUGACUCUGACUCAGUCAUAUUUUAUGGUCAUAGUUACUAAAGCCACUGAGUAUUUUUUUUUACCUGUUCACAUAAAAAGCUGUUUAAAGGUAUAAAAAAAGAAAAGAAAGGUGUACCUUACACAGAGGAACUUGACCCAACAUCAGAUUUUUGUUUAAACAUAUUUUGUUGAGAAACUCAAUAGGAUCAGGCAACAGGCAUAACCUAUGUAAGCCCUCUCCCAAAGAUUUUUGUAAGGUCAAAGGCAAUAUUUUGAGAUGUCCAUACCUGUUUUAGCCACAAAAGGAAAUGACCCAAUACAUCAUGCAAAUGGUAUUCCUUCAACGAUUAUGACAGAUGUGUUGCAACUUUGCUACACGAUCAUAUCGAAGGGCGAUGGCAAGGUCAUAUCGAAGGGCGAUGACAAGGUCAUAUCGAAGGGGGAUGACAAUGUGGCCACUUCAUAUUGAUUUAUUUUUGAAAUCACAAUAAGGGAAUGUCCUAAUACAUAUGCUACACAUAAAAAAAAUAUUAUCAAAUGCAGGGUCUCCAAGAUUUUGAAUUAUUAAUCUGUUGUUUUAUGAGUUUACAUGUUCAACUUUGAGUGAUUUAUAAUGUGGGAAUAUACUCUCCAACAUUCACUGUAUGACAAUGCUUGUAGAGGAUUUCAGGUGUACACAAACUUUGUGACUCCUAAAUGGAGUAGAAAAUUAUGCUAUGUUUAUAAUAUAAGUAAUUUUUUUAUACCUCCUGCAAACAAGGAUAUUGGAAUCAGCAUUUGUCUGAAAAUGUUCUGAGUGACUAACACAUGGAUUUUUCUAAAUAUUGUACACUCUUUAUUCACUGUAUAAAGAUUUGCACCUGAUAUUUUCAUCGUGAUUGGACAAUUUUCUUCAUUUAACAGGGUUUUUUUCUUUAAACUUUAUAACUUUUAGUGAAUUUGUAGAGACAUGCUCUCUCAGAAAUAACUGCAGAAGUUUACGAAGGAUAUAUAAUAAAAUCAUGCUGUCUGUAUGUAGACACAAUUUUGUCAUCAUGAUAGAUAAGAAUUCUAAUUAAAUUUUGUCUGUCAAUGUAAAGAUUGUGAGCACACUCCAGAUAUAUAAAACACUUUUAGUGACUUGGUAGCAUUCUUUUCUUUAAAAAAAACUCCUCAAUUUUGGUCAAGUCUAGUUGGUUUUUUUUCUUGUUUGUUUUUCAUAUUGAAUGGUACUUGAAUUUAAAGCAUUUUCACAGACCAUUACAUGUACAUAUAGAAGAAAAAGCUAUUCCAUCUUACAGUAGCUUUGUUCAUGUAUAUAUUUGACACAGUUCAAUGAUAUUUGUAUGGUUUGAUUUUUAACCUAAAAUGGAUGUUAUGAAUUUAUACUGUUUGUUUCUUGUCUGCCUUGAAAUUAAAAGUUUUCUUUGCAA